AUGGCAACUUCAGGAAGCUCAGCUCGUUCUAAAGUAGUUAAACUUCUUGAAGCUGAACCCCUUGAUGACGAAGAUGAAGCCGAUGCAGACGAAACAGAUGAACCAAUUAAUACAGAAACUUCACCGUUGGAUAUAAAAGGAGAACAUUAUGUAAAUGGAAAUUCUAAUGACACAAUUGUAUAUGAGCCUUCAGCAGCAACUACCAUCUCGAAUGAGACGCUUAAUAAUCGACAAGAUGAUAAUGAAGAUUGGAUACUUCCUCCGGAAACAAUUUCUGCAAAACAGGAAGCAAUGAUGGACGAUGAUCAGGAUGAAAUGGAAGAUGAAGCCGUUGCAUCGACAUCAGCAUCGUUCCCUCAAACGUCAAAAAAAAACAGAGGACAAUUGAACUUUUCUAUUUACGAUUUCAGUGAGUUCACACCAAAAAAGAAACGUAGUAUAAAAGCCCAAGCAGCGAUAAAAGCCAAAGCGAAAAGUCUUGGUUUAACUCCGAAACAAGAAAUCAGACAUAUGUGUUCGUAUUGUUCAUAUUGUGAACGAUCAUUUAAAACAACUCUACAGCUACAAAAUCAUACCAAUACACAUUUGGGAAUUAAACCGUUCAAGUGUAAAUUUUGCACGUAUGCAUUCACAACAUCGGGGGAAUUGAUUCGACAUGUUCGUUAUAAGUAUGAAUUAUUAUCGUUUAUGUAUAAAACGGCAGUAUUGUCGAGAGAGCGUCCUUAUCCAUGUACACUAUGUAGCUUACGUUUUACUCAAAGUAAUUCAUUAAAAGCACAUAUGCUAACUCAUGAAGAGAACAAACCAACAUUGCCGGUUACGCCGGUUGUGCCGUGUCCAUCUGUCAUGGCUAGAAAAUCUGAUUUAAGAUAUCAUAUUGGAAAACAGCAUAUCUCAACGGAACCAUUAGCUUGCAAUAUAUGCGAACAAGAUUUUCCAGACAAAUAUUCGUUACGCAUGCACGCCAAAACUCAUUGUAAAAUUGAAGGAAACGAUUCAUUUUUAAUAAAAUGUACAAUGUGCGAUUACACAACACAGACACAGUCUGAUUUGGAAGAACAUAUGAAUAAACAUAGAGGUAGUCGACCAUUCCAGUGUUCUGAAUGUGGUCUAACAUAUUCAACUCAAGGUGAUUUACGGCAACAUACAACAAAAGUUCAUCAUUGUGGUGAUUCUUCAGAUGUAGCUGGAGCUGGUCUCUCAACUCAUCAAUCUUUUCAUUGUGUUGUAUGUUCAAAAACAUUCACUAAUUUGCAUACAUUAGAACAACAUAUGAUCAGUAUACAUCAGAUAGAAAAUGGAGAUAAUGGAACGGUAGAGACGAUGGAAAUAAGUAAUAAUGAUCAGGAUAUUAAACCAUCACUUACUGUCAAAAUUGAAAAUGAAGAUAAUCAUUUCUAUGAUGAUCAAUCAAACUUGUAUGACGAGUAUGACGAUGAUCUAGUUGGAGACAGAGACAACGAUAUCGCGAACGAAGUUCAAACUGCCGAUGAAGAGCACGAAGAUAUAAAUCAAGAAAUGAUUAAAGGACAACAAAAUAUUGAUAAUAAUGAACCUAUCGUUGAAUAUCGAUCAUCUCAAAUUUGCUUGGGUAUCCGAAAAAUACCUUCAUCAAUACCAACAACAAUCAAAAAAUUUGAAGAUUUUAAUACAAUGAAUGAAUUCGAUAUCUCAGGGGAGCAACCUUUAACAACAACUGAAACAGAUAUAGGGACAACAAUAGAAACACCAUUACCGAAAAAACGAACACUAGCCAUUAAUAGAAAUGUUAAGGUGAAAUAUAAUGGCUUCAUAGAGCAAAUGAUUAAUAUUAGAUUUGCUUUUCUAAAUAAAUAUAAUUUAUUAUUUCUUUUGGGUUUAAAUAUUCAACAGCAAAUGUCAGCAUUUAACUCAAUGGGUGGAACGUUUAAUAAAAAUCAAGAAAAUGAUCAGACGUGUCAUACUCAUCAUCUCUUAGAGCGUGUAAAUGGGUACGAAAAUAAACACAAUAAUUUAGUAUUUUUUCCAAGUUUAAAUAAAAAUGAUUUCAUUAAACAUAGUGUUAUCUAUUUUGGAGGUGAUAUACAGGAUUUUCCUGAAAAUAUGAAUUCAAAUAGUGAAAGUCGUAAAUAUAAACAAUGGAAUCUCGUAUCAACAGGCGAAUUAUUACAAAAACGAUAUCCGAAUAGUUCUAUUAUUCUUAUACGUCCAAAUGAAAUGAAAGAUGAAAUAUUUUCUAGAUUUUCUAAUUUUGUUCCGUAUACAAAUGAACGUGGUGAUCCUGAGAAAUAUGAUCCAACAAAUUUUCCAGCAUUUUAUCAUUUACAACAAUUAUUGAUAGAAAUUUCAAACAAACUAAUAAAUGAACAGGAAUCAUCUUGUAUUUCAAUUCAUGAUAAUUCUAUAAAAUUAACAAUAAUUGGUUUUAGUAAAGGUUGUGUUGUUCUCAAUCAAUUAUUUCAUGAAUUAAAUCAUCUAUCAUCUCAAAAAGAAGAUACUAAUAAAUUGAAUGAGUUUAUUUUAAAAAUACGUGAAUUUGUAUGGCUUGAUAGUGGUCAUAAUGCACCAAAUACUAUGAUAUGGCCAGUUGAUGAACAUUUAAUUCAAACAGUUCAAAAAUAUAAUUUUGAAAUAACUGUUGCUGUAACACCAUUUCAAGUUCGAAAUCCAAAUAAGAAAAAACAUCAAAUAGAAUAUACAAAAUUCAUUCAGUUAUUAUCCAAAUAUGGAAUUCAGUUUACAAAUACAAUUUAUUUUGAUAAACAACCACCAUCAUUAGAUAGACAUUUCGAACUAUUAAAAAAAUUUUGA